CAUGCAUAGACCAGACAUCGGCAUAUUAACCUACUGCCCCAUCACUUAUCUGCCGAUCACAUUCCGCCAAAGCGGCCACUCAUAUGUGUACGUUACUGGAUUCCUUCCAAUUUCGUCGCGCAUGUGCGUGAAACUCACUAACAUCGCGACAUUGAGACAAGGUCUAAAAGAUUUGAAUACAGUGUAAUGUACGGCGUCUUUACCAAGCUUCUGUUUUUAUUUUUUUUCUUAUAGGUUUAAUAUAUAAUGAUACAUGAUAGAUGAAACGUACAAACGUCCUUCAUAUAUUCGCCCGACUAUUAUCCGAACGUUGUCACAUAUAUUUGGAUCGUGAUGUACAUCUGAUGUUCCUUUACAAGCUAUAAGAUAGCGAACGCAACUUAUAAGUUCUAUAGAAAACUUAUAAUCAAUUGCAGCGACAUUAUACAUUACUUUGUUCGAUAAGAGCCGAUUCGGAGAAAACAGCAAAUAAUUUCACUGCUUUGAAUGAUGAGUACAAUGUCUCCAAAAAUAGAAUGGGAUUUUCCACUGCUAAUUAAUUAAAAUUAAUAAAAAUUAUUUAGCAAUUCUAGUAUCAAUCUAAGAACAAAAGUAGCUAAAAACAAAAAUGGCUUUUCAAAUUCGUAAUCAAUCAAUCAAUCAGUAGAAAGUAACAGGAUUGGUUCUCAGACCAAAGUUAUAGAUAUAUUUAAGUUGUUUAAAAUGGAAUCUCCGAAAUUAUCAGAUGUACAUAAGAGGCUGAAAUCUUCACCACAAGAAUCUCCAGUUUUUUCGUUACUAUUAAGAAGGAAAUCUAUUACUGAAAAACAAUUACCGAAUAUUCUUUCGGAAAAUGAUGAUGAGGCAGAACGUAUUGCCCGUCGACAUGAAAUGUCUACAUCGUCUACAUCAUUUGUAUCACCUAAAUUUAACAGAAGACAUUCUUUGGGUCUGGUAAAUGCCCCAGCAUCUGAAAUGACCAAGAGCAUAAAUCAAUAUAUAAAAAUGCAUGCUGAGAAUAAGAUUAAUAUACAGAACGCAUUUAGUUUGGAAAUAAUCGACUUCAUGACAUAUAUGAUAAAAAAGCAAGACAACAAUAUAUCUGAUCUGCAAGUAGCCAGUGCAUCCUUAGACGUAAGCAGUAAGAUUUACGGGUUACGAGUAGACAGUCUGCACACAAAAAUGCUUAAGAUAAUUGGCGGAUUGGAUAAGCAAGCAACUGAAUGUGUGCAACAAAACGAGGAAGAGCAAGAGGAAGUACUCCAAGAAAAUGCAGACACGUGUGUAAAAGUAUCGAAGGAAAAAAGAAAAAAGAAAAUCAGACGGAAUAUGUGCAGCAUCAUAGAAGAAUUAAGAGGUACUAUCAAAACUGUAAAACCAUCGUUCAUGAUGAUAGGUGAGGGCGAUCUACAAAGUAAUGAUAUGCUUUAUCAAGCGACACUGCCGAUUCACGCGAACUCUGGCUUUUAUUUGCCUUUAUAUAACGACAUGCUCGUUGACGUCGCAGAGCCAGAGGACACAGCUGAUUCGACAGAAUAUGAAAUACCUAUAGUCGAAGAUUUUCGGAACCUGGAAAUAUGUGCGUCAUAUUCGGACUUCAAGUUUCUCGGCUGGUCUGCUAAGGACGAACACGAGGAAGUAUCGGACACGUCAGUGACGGAACACAGCAACAACGACCAGACCGAUCGACAGAAUCACUUCCGAUUCGAUAUUGACGCCAGCAUAAAAGAACGGGCACAGGAGGAUAAGAAUUCACCACUUAAUCUCAUCAGAUAUUUCGACAUUGAAACGCAGGACGAUCAGCAUACAUAUAAAUGCCAUCAACGACCAGUUGCAACAAAUACGGACAAUCUCGUGGAUUGCUCUCGUGGCUCAGCUGCGACUGCAGCUAAAUCGUUCAAGUUUAUCACGCGAGAAUAUUCAUUCGUUCCGCCAAGUACGAGCUCGCAUUGGGCUGGACCGUCUUAUUGGAAGUACCACAACUUCUCAAAAGCUUUCGUAGGCAAGGACAAGGACGGCAAGGUUAUCGGUGCGUGCAUGCAAGUGCCGCUGAGGAAAAGAAAAGAAAUUAUUCUAUCAUACGAAGACAACAAGGACGUGAUAGAAUCGAAGUUCACGCCUAGCGAAUUCAAUAAGCUAAAAGCAAACACCGUUAAAACGGAAUGGAAUGCCGAGAAACUGACGUUGCCCGAGGAUAUUCACUAUGAUAUUACAUUGCUAAAUAAAUGGUAUUUACUAAAUCUGAGCAUUAAAUCGAAGGUCGACGGUAAGGACGAUGUCGCCACAGACAUAUCCGACAAUAGCAGAUAUGAUUACAACAACCCAAACGAUACUGUGGACUAUUGUCCCGAGGUGUACAACGGCGAUUAUGAUGAAGGUAGGGACAAUAAAGACAAUGAGAACGAGUGUAACUUCGAAUUCGAGGACGAUGGUAAUGCGUGUGCCUUGGGCAGCCAAGGCUUCACUGAUGAUAAUCUAAUCGAGGCACCGAAACUGGCCAAUAAGAUACUCAUCGCAUACCAUACGAAGGCGAAGAAAAUCGACAUGCGGCAACUAAAAAAGUCCACCUGGAGAUGCCUCAAGUCCACGAAUAGCGGAGGUAACACGAAUAUCGUACAAGCGGUAGAACAGACAGAAGCGGACACCAUGAAGGAGCCAAAGUCGUUCAGUGAUGUUUGCAAGAUGUUGCCAAAAUAUUUGACAAAGAACAACGCCGAAGCGUUGAGCGUGCCGCUCGCUUUUGUCUCUCUUUUACAUUUAGCAAGUGAGAAAAUAUUGAGUCUAUCUUCAUCUACAGACAUGUCCGAUGUUACCGUCGAGAAGACCGAGACAGAAGGAGACUGAGGUAAAUAUGUUUCUUGCGCGUGUAUUUGCGUAUAUAUACGCAUACGUUACAUGUAGAAAGAGAGGGAGAGAAAGAGAGAGAGAGAGAGAGAGAGAGAGAGAGAGAGAG